AUGCAUCCUGGAGUACAACAUCCUAAGUCUCCUGAUGCUAGCUCUGUCCCUGCCAGUCUCAAGACCGAGACUUCUCCCAAAAAUGCAUCGCCUGCUCGUCGUUCGCGGCCACCGCGGCCCAAUCACAGGCAUAUUCAUCGCUUUCCCUUUCCCGUUGACGUCCAUCCUUUGCCGCCUCUGAUCCCUCAUAAUCCACUGUCGAUCGUCAGCGUGUUGCUGUCCUACCUGACAUACCUCAUUGCGCCACCUCAGCAGCAUGUAUACUCGGCUUAUUUUGACUCCGCGACAUCCUCCGUCCAUGUUACGGACCCGAAGGCCAUUCGCGCUCUAUGGGAGAUGGGAUUCUUCGGCAAGGGCAGUCUCAGUCGGAGUGAACCGAGCUGGGUGGAGCGGGAGAAGAAGCGGCGUGGAUUGCUCGGUGGCACGACUAGUGAGGAAGUCACCCGGCAACGCCGCACAGAACGUCGCGAAUUGAAGAUGGAUCGAGCCCGCAUGGAGAAGCUAAUCAUUCAGGAACGACUGAAGGCUGAGGCAGCCGCCAGGCAAGGCGCCGACUCUACUGUCGAGCAGCCGUCUCAAUCGCCGUCGGCAGAUGUUUCGACAGAGAAAUUUUCACUUAGAAAAGCCAAAGAGGCGAGGCUAUUAGAUGUGCAGCGCGCUGUUCAACAAGACGGCGAGGUGAACUUUCCCGACACUUCAGAAAAGCAAACUUUGAAUGGUAGCGGCAAGACCGUUCGGUUUUCCCCGGUAGUGCAGGCCAAGGAAUUCACCUCCGAUUCGGCAAUCCUGCAGCUCCCAGAGGUGAUAGCAGAGGAAGACAAGGCUGGCCCGGAAGAGAGGCCAACCGUGGAGAACGAGGAGCAUCUUCACCUGUCGAAUGAGGAAGCCUUCUUUCUCGUGUAUGGACUCGGUGCACUGACAAUCCUGGACGACACACGCAGAAAUAUCAUUCCGACUUCGGCUUUACUCCCGUUGCUCUGUCAUCAUAGCAAAUUUCCUCCCAGGGAUUCGUCCUCGGAGCUAAACCCCGACGACACUUUCUUGAUCUCUUACGUCGUUUACCAUCAUUUUCGGUCUCUAGGAUGGGUGGUGAGAUCCGGCGUGAAGUUUGGAGUAGAUUACCUUCUCUACAAUCGUGGUCCAGUCUUCUCCCAUGCCGAAUUUGCGAUAGUAGUCAUUCCAUCCUAUGUUGACCAAUACUGGAAAGAGACAGAAGAACGCCGGACGCACUGCGCAACACGAGUAUCGCGUAGCUGGUGGUGGCUGCAUUGCGUCAAUCGCGUUCAGGCGCAAGUGAAGAAGAGCCUGGUGGUAUGCUAUGUGGAGGUACCGCCUCCGGUGUCGUACGAUCUGGACGUACCAAUAGAGACUGACAUUGGAAGACUGCUUUCACAGUAUCAGGUUCGAGAGAUGGUUGUGCGCAGAUGGGUACCCAACCGGACUCGUGAUUGAGCCUGUGUCCCUCUCGACUGAUAACUAUCAUUCUUAUAAGACGGUGCAUUGAUUUCUUGUUCGAGCUCAUACUCCAUGACACCUCUACCCUUACCUGAC